ACGAGUGAAUUUAUUAAUUUGCGAAAUUUUCUUCGAUCAAUUUUUCAAUUUUAUUCAUUUUUGUUUCUACGAAGAUACGAUAUAGUAAUCAAUCAAUCAUGGGUAAAGGUUAUAAUAAUUUUAUGAGUAAAAAACCAUUUCAUCCUGCAUCAAAAGAAAAUAUUAAACGUGUUUGGAUGGCUGAACAAAGAUCGAUUGAUUCAAAAAAGAAAGAAGAUGAAAUGCGUUUACAAUAUGAAAAAGAACAAGAUUUAUAUAAUAAUCGUUUAUUGGUUGCCGGUUCAGAUUCAAAAGAUAAAUUAUCAUUAAAUUUUAUGUAUGAAGCACCACCGGGUGUUCGAAAAGAAAAUUCAAAAGAAAUGGAAACUGAAGAUGAACCACAAUAUAAAUUUGAAUGGCAACGUAAUGCACCAAGAGAAAGUUUUGCUAAAAACAAUAUGGAUAUUCGUGAUCAACCAUUCGGUAUACAGGUUCGAAAUGUUCGAUGUUUAAAAUGUCAUAAAUGGGGCCAUGUAAACACUGAUCGUGAAUGUCCAUUAUUCAAUACAACAUCAUUACCGGCUGGUAAUCCAUCAACAGAUACGAAUAAAUCAUCAUCAUCAGCAGCAGCAACGAAAACAUCAAACAGUGGUGAUAAACCCCCAGUCAAAAUAGAACCAAAUGAAUUGAUUGAAUCAAUGAAAGAAGAUCAAGGUUUAGCAUUGAAAAAAUCACUUUAUGGAAAUUAUGGACCAGAAUCAAUGAAAAAUAAUGAUCAUCAUCAAAUGUUGUUGUUGAAUGCAGCUGUACAGAAUCCUGAACAAUCAUUUUUAGAAUCAUUAUCAUCGAAACAGAAAAAAAUAUUGCUAAAAAAAUUACAAUCAUUGAACAAAUCAUCAUCAUCAUCAUCAUCAAAACAUAAAACUGAUAAAAAACAUAAAAAAAAGCAUAAAAAAGAAAGUUCAUCCAGAAAGAAAAAAUCGAAAAAAGUUCGCAAAUCAAAAGAUUCUUCGGAUUCAUCAUCAUCAUCAUCAUCUUCAGAAUCCGAUGAUGAUAGGAAAAGAAAUCUGGAUAAAAAAUCUCGUCAUUCAGAUAUUGAUAAACAUCAUAAUCAAAAACAAUAUUCAAAAAAUCAACAUUCAUCAUCCAGCAAGUAUAGCAAUAAUGAUCGUCUUAAUAAAGAUCGUCGUGAUGAUGAUAAAGAUGAUUAUCACCAUCGUCGUCGAAAAUCAAGAUCUCGUAGCCCGGAAAAUGGACAUCAUCGUAAACGACGAAAUUAAUCCGAAUCAACUUUUUUUAUAUAAAAAAAAAUUCAAUUUUUAAUGAUUUUUGAUAUUUGAUUAUGUAAAAUGUAUUAAAAAUGAAACGUUUUAUAAUCUGAA